AUACAAAGUAGCAUUUGGUUUAUUCUUUAUAUUUUUUUGCCGAACAAAAUCAAAGAUUCACUGCUCCAAGACAUGAUCCACUUGCUUGAUAGAUUAAUUUCUUAUAUUUUCCUUGUUUAUGCAUCAAACCAACAUUAAAGAAACGACAUCUCUCUUAUCUUUUGAUCUUUCAGGAUUCAAAUGAUCAUCUUGAAACAGAGCGUUGAAACAGAGUAUCUUUGAGCCUCUUCUAAGCCAAGGUCUUUGACAAUGGCUUCCUCAUCCGCAUCUCGUGCAUCCAGCUAUGAUGUCUUCUUAAGUUUCCGUGGGGAAGACACUCGACAUUCUAUCGUCAGCCAUUUGUACGAAGCACUUACCAGCAGAGGAAUUGCUACCUUCAAAGACGACAAAAGGCUUGAGCUAGGUGAUCACAUUUCUGAAGAACUCCAAAGAGCCAUUGAGGGUUCAGAUUUUGUUGUCGUGGUUCUCUCAGAGAACUACCCUACUUCUAGGUGGUGCUUAAUGGAGCUCCAAUCGAUAAUGGAGCUUCAGAUGGAGGGAAGACUUGGUGUCUUUCCCGUCUUCUACAGAGUAGAACCCUCUGCAGUGAGGUAUCAGCUAGGAAGUUUCGAUCUAGAAGGGUACCAACGUGAUCCACAAAUGGCUGAUAUGGUUCCCAAGUGGAGACAAGCUCUUAAACUGAUUGCCGAUCUUUCAGGCGUGGCAUCGGGACAAUGCAUUGAUGAGGCAACUAUGGUUCGGAAAAUUGUCGAAGAUAUUUCAAAGCGCAAGACAUUGAAGCAUAAGAUAGAUUUCAGAAAUUUUGUUGGUGUGGAUACUCACCUGCAAGGUCUCAAGUCGCUCUUGGACAUGGACUCCAAUAAUGAUGAGGUUCGUAUGAUUGGAAUAUGGGGAAUGGGAGGCAUUGGAAAAACCACCAUCGCCAAGUGUCUCUAUGACCAGCUCUCAUCACAAUUUACAGCUAGUUAUUUCACACAAGACAUUAAAGGUAUUCAUAAAGAGCUUGAUCUACUGCAUUUGCAAAACAGACUUCUCUACAAUACCCUCGGUGAUGAUAUUAUGCCGUGGAGUGUGGAAGCUGGACGCGAGGUCAUAGCGGCAAGACUUGGGAACCACAAGGUUCUUCUUGUGCUUGAUGGUGUGGAUAAACUGGUACAGAUCCAUGCUCUGGCAAAAGAGACAAGAUGGUUUGGUCGUCAGAGCCGAAUCAUCAUAACCACCCGAGACAAGGGCUUGCUCAAUAGUUGUGGAGUAAAAACCAUCUAUGAUGUUAAGUGCUUGGACGACAAGGAUUCCCUGCAGAUGUUUAAACAGAUUGCUUUUGAAGGAGGCAGUCCUCCUUCUGUUGAUUUUGAACAGCUCUCAAUCCGAGCAGCUCGGCUUGCGCACGGGCUUCCUUCUGCCCUUCAAGCCUAUGCCUUAUUUCUCCGUGGAAGGGCCAACUCUCCUGAAGAAUGGGAAGAAGCAGUAUGUGGACUUGAAAGUACUCCUGACGAGAAUAUAAUGGAAAUCCUGAAAAUUAGCUACGAGGGUUUAGCAAAAGCACAUCAGAAUGCUUUUCUCCAUGUUGCAUGUCUCUUUAAUGGAGACACUUUCCGGCGUGUCACUUCACUACUUGAUGUUAGCAGAAUGGAAAGUAACUUGUGGAUGAGAGUUUUAGCAGAGAAAUCUCUCAUCAAUAUAACAAGUAAUGGAUAUGUAACCCUGCAUAAGUUGGUUGAACAAAUGGGAAGAGAAAUUAUGCUUGCCAGUGGAAAAUUCAUCGGGGAUCCGGAGACAAUUCAUGAUACUCUUGGAAUGGGACAAACUGAAAGCAUCUCCCUACACAUAUGUGAAAUGACCUGUGCAUUUUCGAUGGCGACCGGUGUUUUUAGCAGAAUGUAUAAACUUAGGUUUUUAAAGGUCUACAAGCAUGUUAACGAGAGAGAAUCGAUGUUGCAGGUGAUUCCUGAAGAUGAAUACCCUUCCAUAAAUUGUCUCCUACUCCAUUGGGACGCAUUUCCAUUGAGCAAAUUUCCUCUCAGGUUUAAUACAUAUUGUCUUGUUGAACUCAAUCUGCGUCACAGCAACCUAGAAACACUCUGGAGUGGAGUACUGAAGUUUGGUCAUUUGAGGAAACUAGAUGUGACGGGAUCUAAGAAUCUCAAACAACUUCCAGAUCUUUCAUGUGCCGAGGAGCUUGACGAGUUGCUUCUAGAACAAUGCAAGAGACUAAAAGGAAUUCCAGAGUCCAUUGCAGAGAGGUCUACCCUAGGCAGGCUUAAUCUAUCAUACUACGGUGGGGCUAAGAAUCCCAUGGGUGUUGUUAUACAGAAAGUUUCUCAGACGCAACGUAUUACAUUGUUGUUCCCAACUUCAAGCGUGGAAAUGCAACUUAUGAAUAUAUCAAUCACGGGAGACAUUAGAUUUCGUGUUUUUGCAGAUUUUGAAGGAUAUGCUGAAUACUUCUCCUUUAGUACUGAGCAAAAGAUCCAUGCUACAAGGACAGUAAGUGUCCACCAAGCUCCUCGGCUCAUCUCGGAGCUUAACAAAUCUACUACACUCAAUAUCAGGAGGUUCAGCUACAAAGAGAACGGUCGACCUGUCACUUUACACAGCUUUCCAGAUAUUCCUGGCCUGAAACAGCUAGAACUAGUCAACUUAAACAUCCAAAAACUGUCAGAUGGGAUUGGUCACUUUGAGUUCCUAGAAAAUCUGGAUCUCAGCGGAAAUGAUUUUGAGAAUUUACCAGAAGAUAUGAAUAGACUUUCCCGAUUGAAAACUCUCUGUCUCCGAAACUGCAGCAAACUCAAGGAAUUGCCAGAGCUAACUCAGGUGCAGUCACUCACUCUUUCUAACUGUAAGAACCUCAGAUCUUUGGUGAAAAUCUCUGAUGCAAGUCAAGAUCCAAGCUUAUACAGUUUGCUUGAGCUUUGCCUUGACAACUGCAAGAAUGUGAAGUCAUUGUCAGACCAGCUUAGUCAUUUCCCCAAGUUGGCAUAUUUAGAUCUCAGCAGCCAUGACUUUAAGAAACUGCCAUCAAGCAUCAGAGAUCUUACCUCAUUGGUAACUCUCUGCCUGAAUAACUGCAAGAAACUCAAAUCACUGGAAGAACUCCCACUGAGCCUCCAGUUUCUCGACGCAAAGGGUUGUGAUUCUCUUGAAGCUGAUGAUUUAGAACAUUUCAAAGGGAGAGUAAACAGAGAGGUAUCAGCACAACCACAUAGUGCUCGCUUCCAAGAAACGGAGAUGCCAAGUUACGAGCAGGAUCACCAAGCCAGAAAGAGUCGCCUACCCAAGUUCCUAUGCUGCUCAUAUUUCUAGUCAUUCCUACAUGCCACGCUUUAUUGUUGUUCUUUUCAUUUUGAUCCCGUGUGAACACAAGCUACGUUUAUGAGUAUGCUAGGAAGAGAUUUUGCAAACAUUUUGAUAUAUCUCUACCAUUCCCUAGCAGCUAUUUUCUUUCCAACAACUCGAGAUUUCUCUGCUAAUAAACUAACUGACAAGAAUGCAAUUAAAAAGAAAGAGUCAAAGCAAUUAC